AUGAGUAGGGGUAGGGGUAGGGGUAGGGGUUCUGGAGACAAGGACGAUGAGAAGAAAAAGGCUGAUGAGAAGAAGAAGGCUGAUGAGAAGAAAAAGGCUGAAGAGAAGAAAAAGGCUGAUGAGAAGAAAAAGGCUGAUGAGCAACACCGCAAGGAAGCGGAGCAAGGGCAAAGACCGAUUCCUCAGGGGAAUUUUGCGGUGACAUCCUCUGGGAAGUUUGGAGCACCAAAAGCACCACCCAGCUAUAUGACAUCCUCUGGGAAGUUUGGACCACCAAAAGCAGAACCCCGCUAUAUGGGUGAGCAAAAGAAUAUCUCGGUUGAUUCAGCGUUCAAGACGGCCAGCUCAGUGUACAAGUCUAAGACUGGGCCUCCUGAUUAUGCCCAUGGACCCAAGAAACCCGCCGUGGACCCAUUCUACAACCUGAGCCAGGGCUCUAUUGAAACAGGAGCAAAACUGAAACCGGCUCCCGACAGCUUCCACGGCAACAGCCGCCUGGACAGGACACACAGCGAACUCAACCUCCACGUGCCUUCCAGCAACCCCUACCUAGAUACGAGCAAGGUUACGCUGAAGAGUAUGAUCCACAUCCCCGUCAAGGACAUGUCCCCCAUCAAGCUGCUACCUAUGGUUCACUGCAAGGCUCAUAUUCCUAUGACACACAGCAACCCGAAUAUGACGCACGCGAAGCAUAUCCAGAACCUCCUCGUCGACGACAGACAGACCCAAGUUCGGACAUGUCCGCGGCUGUCACUCGUCCUCUUGAGACUCUGA